AUCCUGGACACAUCUCAACUUCCUCCCUUCUCCUCUGAUCUCUUUACUGAGGCAUGUUUCAGGUACUCUGCAGGAUGAACAAAAAUUGUUACCAGCCCUUUCCCCAAUUCUUGAACCUUUCCUGACAAAAUCUGAGAUCCAGUUUUCCAUUUACUUCUUCACAACCAUUUGUGUUAGAUUUGUCAGAGAAGGCAGUAGGCAGAUCUGAACUACUCUGCAUCCCUAUCCUUUUGUGCCCUUUAAGAAGCCAAACAAAACUGAGCUUCCUAGGAAAGUCCUCCCUGGAAGAGUCCGAAGACAUAGCCCAAGUCAUUCCAGUAAUCAGUAUUACAGCCUCCCCCCCCCCCUUAAACAUCUCUAAUACUCAUGAACAGAAAGACAAUAGGAUGUGGGCUUGGGGUAAAGAAGGGGGUCUCGGCAUUUUUCUCUCUUUUCUAUUCCUCUCAUCUUUCUCAGACUCCUCCAUUUCCUCUCUUCUCCAAAAUUGUGUGCAUUCUCCUUUAAGGGGCUGGGCCCGUCUCCCGCCCUCUCCAGAAUCGACUGAAGUUUCCGAGGUGUCUACUCUUGCUGGGCUGGACAUACCUUUCCAAAGACCCCAAACUGUGCUCUGUGCACCUCAAAUGCCCGUUUCCUUCCCGUCUUCCCCACUGCUUCUCUUCCUAACCUCCGUCUUCUCAACUACAAGAUUCAGCUUCUCCCCAGAGGGACUGAGCAUCCUUAAGGUUUCCCACCCUUAACUGCUUCAUCCCCGGAUGGAGCCAGAGAAAUGUGGUGGGGGGGUCGGGGCCAGAGUUUCAACAUUGCCCCCCAGAAGGAGGAGCCAGAGAUGAGGUUGGGACCAAAGUCUGUCCAGGGAAGUAGGAUGCCUGAGCCCAGGAGUCGUCAGCUUGGCAGUUGCCUGGCCUCUGGAUGCCUCCCAGGGGAACAGAUCCUAGCAUGGGCCCCAGGACUGAGGAAAGGGCUAGAACCUGAACUGUCUGGAACCCUGAUCUGUACUAACUUUAGGGUCACCUUCCAGCCCUAUGGAUGGCAGCGGAGUCAGGAUACGCCCCUGAGCAGUGAAUAUGAUUUUGCCCUGAUCAACAUUGGGAGAUUAGAGGCUGUGAGUGGCUUGUCCCGAGUUCAGCUCCUCCGUCCAGGAUCCCAGCUUAAAUUUAUCCCUGAGGAGAUUCUGAUUCAUGGCCAAGACUUCCGGCUGCUCAGAGUUGGUUUUGAGGCUGGAGGACUAGAGCCUCAAGCCUUUCAGGUGACCAUGGCCAUUGUUCAAGCCAGAGCUCAGAGCAGUCACACCCAGCAGUGUGCAGGAGCAGCCCUGAGCAAGGCUGGCCAGGGUUCUGGCUCCAGGAAACCACCUAUUCCUCUCUUGGAGACAUUUGAAGACUGGGAGAUUGAGCGGAAGAAUCAGGGAGCAAAAGGCUGGAGGGUUAGCACUGUCAAUGAGAGGUUCGACGUAGCUACCAGCCUCCCCCGUUACUUCUGGGUCCCCAGCCGAAUUCUGGACAGUGAGGUCAGGAGAGCAUUUGGACACUUCCAUCAGGGCCGUGGACCGCGCCUGUCCUGGCAUCACCCUGGGGGUAGUGAUCUUCUCCGCUGUGGAGGCUUCUAUACAGCAAGUGACCCUAACAAGGAGGAUAUCAGAGCAGUGGAGUUCAUGCUCCAGGCUGGGCAUUCUGACGUCGUCCUGGUAGACACUAUGGAUGAGCUGCCUAGUCUUGCAGAUAUCCAACUUGCCCACAUGAAGCUGAGGGCCCUGUGCCUGCCUGGUGAGAAUAACUUUUCACUCUUCACUCUUGGUAUAUCAUUCUUCCCCAUUUUCCUCACCUGCCCCUUCAGGUCUUGUCUUCGAAAGGCCAGUGACAUCUCAGUUUUAGUGACAUCCAGGGUUCGUUCUGUAGUACUUCAAGAGCGCAGUGAUCGUGAUCUCAAUGGCCUCCUCUCUUCACUCGUCCAGCUGCUUUCAGCCCCUGAAGCCCGAACACUGUUUGGCUUCCAGUCACUAGUGCAGCGAGAGUGGGUGGCAGCAGGACACCCCUUCCUGACUCGGCUUAGGGGAACUGGGGCUACUGAAGAGGCCCCAGUAUUUCUCCUCUUCCUUGAUUGUGUCUGGCAGCUCCUCCAGCAGUUUCCAGCUGAGUUUGAAUUCUCUGAGUUUUUUCUUCUUGCCCUUCAUGAUAGCGUCAGGGUUCCGGACACUCUUACAUUCCUGAGAAAUACCCCUUGGGAACGUGGAAAGCAGAGUGGACAGUUCAAUUCUUUUACUCAAGUUUACACUCCAGAAUACUCCCAGCCCCCAAAUGGGAACUCUGUUAAUGGGCAGCUGUCUGUCUGGGACUGGAAUUUACGCUACAGCAAUGAACAAAUAUUACAAUUUCAUAAUCCUGGCUAUGACCUGGAGCACUGCCCAGAUUCCUGGUUCCCUCGACAGCAGUCGAACUUCAUGGUUCCUGGCCUCCCCAGUUCUGUGUGGCUCUUCUCUAGAGGGGCUCUGACACCCCUGAAUCAGCUCUGUCCUUGGCGAGAUACUCCCUCCUUACUGGCAGUCUCUUCUCGUUGGCUCCCUCGACCUGCUAUCUCCUCUGAAAGCCUGGCUGACCAGGAGUGGGGGCUCCCCUCACAUUGGGGAGCUUGCCCUUUACCUCCAGGGCUAUUGCUGCCUGGAUGUCUGGGACCCCAGAUCAGGCUCUGGAGACGCUGCUACCUAAGGGGAAGGCCUGAGGUCCAGCUGGGCCUCUUAGCUCCCACAAUCUCUGGUCUCCAGAGUGAGCUAUCCCGUCUUCAGGAGCUAUUAAGAAAAUGGACACCAAGAAUAUCUCCUGAGGAUCACUCCAAGAAAAGAGAUCCAAACACCAUUCUCCUCAAUCCCAUUGAAAUUGCUAGCAUUCUUAAAGGCAAGGCAGAGAGGGAUCUGAAAGAAGGAGGGCUCUAAUCCUUCAGUUUUUCACAAUUGUCCUUGUUGCCUCAAUCUUCACAUUCCAGCCCUUAAACAAGCUCACUUAAUGGACUUGAGUUUUUGUCCAUGCUGAUCUCCAGCUCUUUCUCCUUUCCGUUCCUUCCUGGUAUUUUUGUUUGUGUGACUUGACGAAUUAAGAAACAAAACAAUCCAAAAUGUGAUUGUCUCUUUUUUUUGGAGGGCAAUUCCAUGCCUUUUGGAUAACUAUUAAAUCUUAAGAUCAGAGAUGCUGUUCAUCAGUCCCAAAAAGAUGGCCUAGAGACCUCAUUCUCACCCCCUCUUGCUGAUGCUUUAAUUCCAGUUUCUAUGGAAUGUCUUAAGAAAUUUCUACUUCUUUCCUUAUAAUUUUUUGGGAGAAUGUAUAUUUUUGUAGUGGCAUUUCUAUUUAAGGAGUUCAUUAAAGUACAGAAUUUCUACAGAUUGCUA